AUGUCCUGUCCUGUCGACCACUCGAGUAACUCCGACUCGGCAGAAAAAUGUCCUGUCGAGCACAAAACACAGCGCUCUACAUGGUCUAGUCUAUUUUCUUCCUCCCCAUCGUCGUCUACCCCGUCAACACUUUCGACGGAUCGUGAGGUCUCUUCAAUUCCGAAAGCGGCCGAUGGAAACUGGGUCUACCCUUCCGAAGCACAGUUCUUUGCCGCCAUGGCUCGUAAAAAUCAUAACCCCCAGUCUGGCGAUAUGAAAACCAUUGUCCCCAUCCAUAACGCAGUGAAUGAACGCGCUUGGGCGGAGGUGAUGCAGUGGGAGGCUGGUCGAGGUGGGGAUGCAUGCGGUGGGAUUAGAUUGGUCAAUUUUCGUGGUAAGCCAGGAGAACCGAGUAUUAGAGCGAGGUUCAAGACACUUCUUGGGUAUACGGCACCUUUCGACCGUCAUGACUGGGUUGUCGAUCGUUGCGGGCUGCAAAUGAGAUAUAUCAUCGACUUUUACACGGGCCACAGUCAACCUGGUGGAGGUCCCUCGUUCUAUCUUGAUGUCCGACCUGCGCUCGACAACUGGGAGGGAGUAAAGAUGCGGACUGAACGGUUUUGGUCUCGAAUGCUGGGUACAACUCCUGUAUUACCACCUACACAACGGAAAUAA